AUGAUCCCAAAUUGUUCCCAACCGGAGAGCCCGUCUCCCAUGGUAGACGUGGAAUCCAGUCGUUCUUCGUGCAGUUGGACGGAUGAGGAUCCGGAUCCGGAUCCGGACUCGUCGGAUUUGGGGGAUCUCUCGGAUUUCUCCACCGACGAUUGCAUCCCGGAUGAAUGCCCCCGAGCGGGGACUCCGAUCUGGACGUAUCUCUACCCGCCGCAGCCGCCGCUGGCCCCGCCGCCGUCUCUGCGUCCGCCGCCGCCGCCCGCGGCGACGAGUCUCGGCGUCCGGUCGCGUCCGUAUCCGGAUCCCCGGACGCCGUACAGCGAAUCGUCCAACAGCAGCUGCAACAACAACGGGAACGGCAACGGCGACGGCGCCAAGGUCGGCCGCAAGGUCUUCACGAACAGCCGCGAACGCUGGCGGCAGCAGAACGUGAGCGGCGCCUUCGCGGAACUCCGCAAACUCGUCCCGACCCACCCGCCGGACAAGAAACUCAGCAAGAACGAGAUCCUCCGCCUCGCCAUCAAGUACAUCCGGCUCCUCUCUCGCGUCCUCGAGUGGCAGAAGGCGCAGGAAGCGGAGGCGAAAGGCGGCGAUCGACGGGACGCGGAGUCUCUUUCGGUCACCCGAGGCCCCAGCGCCUGA